AUGAACGAAUUUGCAGAUAUUCAUAUACGUUGGAACAAUGGUCAAGAUUUACUGCUGACUGUAUCUUUGUAUAAUGAUAACAUGGGAGAUAUCAAGCAGCUGAUUCGAAAGAAUGCUGUUGAACAAACAUCCAAGAAAACGAUUCGCUUGAUACACCGGGGACAGCUACUCAACAACGAUUUAUACACAUUGUCAGACUACGGCAUCCAACAACAACACAUCUUUAUCCAUUGCGCUUUAUCAGAUCCCAUUAUUCCAACCAACAUUAUUUAUGACAUUGAAACUACAGACAAAAAUGAUUCCAUUUCUGGGUUUGAUAAACUGCGUGAAUCUGGUUACAAUGAAGAGGAAAUUCGCUCCAUACGACUGCAAUUCCAUCAAAUGCAGUCAACAUCCAACUAUGUAGAUGGAGAGCCACCUAGUGAUCAAGAUUUACAACUGGAAGAAGAAUGGAUGGAGCAUACUGGCAGAAGAUUACCAGAAGGAUACGCACAAGGUUCAUUCAAAGAGAUGAUGUGUGGAUUACUAUUGGGCUGUUUCUUGGGAGUUUUAUGCUUGUUUUGGGUUAGAGAAUCUGUAUUUACCAGGAGACAUCAGAUGGGUAUUUUAGCUGGUAUGCUCAUCAAUGUGUCUUGCGGCAUCAACUAUGUAUACUACUAA